AUGGCUCCUGCCACGCUGGAUAACGCGAAUCCCACUAUCCUGAGCGCAUCCCAGCUACCAACUCGCCAGAAGAAGGCCGCGCCUCGCCAAGGAGUCGACAGCCGCUACUCCCGCGCCCUCUUCUCGAAGCCAUCGUUCCUGUCGCACCCGUUUUCCGAUGACGCCACCGCCUGGCCCGGCGACGACAUCAGCCCCGAUGAAGAACACACUGCAGAGCCCAUAGACGAGCAAGAAAUCUUUGACUUGAUCGCCACGAUAUCCGAUCCUGAGCAUCCCGUCUCCCUGGGCCAGCUCUCCAUUGUCAACAUCAACGACAUUCGCAUAAGCCCCCCCCCCGCCCUAGGCGUGCCCGACCCCAACACCAUUGUCGAGGUGACGGUCAAGAUCACGCCGACUGUGACGCACUGCUCGCUCGCCACCGUUCUAGGCCUCGGUGUCCGGGUUCGCUUGGAACAGUGCCUGCCACCCAACUACCGGGUCGACGUCCUAUGCCGGGAGAACACGCACAGCCAAGACGACCAGGUGAACAAGCAGCUUGCCGACAAGGAAAGGGUAGCGGCCGCCCUGGAGAACGAUUCUCUGCGAGGCGUUCUGGACAAGAUGCUGGAGACGUGCGUCUGA